GAACAUAGUCAGUCCGCAGUACCGGCUAGAGAUCACAAGCAGCCACCCGCAGCAACAUGUUCAAGCUGAUCGUUCUUCUCGCCACCUACGUCGCCUACGCGUCCGCCGGCCUCUAUUCCGGAUACGGAGGGCUCUACGGCUACGGCGGCGGUUACGGCUACGGCGGCGGUUACGGCUUGGGUCAUGGUGUUGCGGCGAUCGCAGCACCUGCGGUCACAUACGCGCACGCUCCGGUUGCGACCAGUUACGCCAAUACGUACAAGGUCGCGGUAGCUCCGACGAUUGCAGUAGCUCCAAAAGUCGCGGUUGCACCUGCCAUCACUAAGGUCGCGUAUGCCGCACCUGCCGCUAUCGCGAAGGUGGCUUACGCGCCGACUUAUGCAGCGCCAGCGGUGAGCUACGGUCACUAUGGAUACACGAUUCCUCCAUCGGUCACAUACCUGAAUUCUCUCGGAUACGGUCAUGGAUACGGUCUCGGUUAUGGUUAUGGACUCGGCUAUGGUCAUGGCUAUGGAUAUUACCAUUGAAUGUAAUAAUAAUACCACCGAACACCAAAGUCUUCCGGGGCGUGAUCGCCCUUUUUCGACGAGUACGACUGUAACGAUAGACUCUCUGGCAACUCGCCAGUCUGUUCACACUGCCACGAACUCCGUCAUCGGCUAUGUAUAUGAGAUGUUUAUAUAAUAUAUAAAUUUUCAUCUUUUAAAUCUC